CUAAUAAACUGAGUUUGGUUUAGCUGCAUCAAACUAAUCCGUUUUCUCCGUUUCUCUCUUGGAAUGCAGGCUACAGCGCCGUCUGGUUCCCGAGGACACUUGCGUGUAGGCUCCACCUUUUCUAGCGGUCCAGUGACCUCACCAGUGGGUUGGAUUGGAAGGGUGGGAUUUCCAGGUUUUCAGUCACGGAUCUGUUCCUGACUGCAAGGGUCUAUGCAGCUUCAGCGUUAGCAAGGACCGGACUGCCCGUACCAAUGAUCCCACCCAAAAGGCGACCCUGGAUCAUUUUUUCUCCACAUGCUAUUGCACCCGGGAUAAACAAUUAAGGAAUGUGGACAUUACAGAAUGCCCACCAGCGCUGCAAAGAGAUUUAAACCCACCAAAUACAUCCCGGUGUCCACAGCUGCCACUCUCCUUGUGGGAUCGACUACUUUAUUUUUCGUUUUCACGUGCCCCUGGUUGACCAAGGUGAUUUCACCUAUCGUCCCUCUCUACAAUGGCUUUGUCUUCCUCUUUGUCUUGGCCAACUUCAGCAUGGCGACCUUCAUGGACCCUGGUGUCUACCCCAGAGCGGACGAGGAUGAAGACAAAGACGAUGAUUUCCGGGCACCUCUCUACAAGAAUGUGGAGAUCAAGGGCAUUCAGGUUCGGAUGAAGUGGUGUGCCACCUGUCACUUCUACAGACCACCUCGCUGCUCACACUGCAGUGUCUGUGACAAUUGCGUGGAGGACUUUGACCAUCACUGUCCUUGGGUCAACAACUGCAUUGGACGCAGAAAUUACCGCUACUUCUUCCUCUUCCUGCUCUCUUUGAGCAUCCACAUGAUGGGAGUUUUCACCUUUGGUCUCAUUUUCGUGCUCCACCACCAAGAGAAACUGGGAGCUCUGCACACCACCAUCACAUUGGUGGUGAUGUGUAUCGCAGGGCUUUUCUUUAUUCCUGUCAUGGGUCUCACGGGUUUCCACAUGGUGCUUGUGGCGCGAGGUCGAACCACAAAUGAACAAGUAACGGGCAAGUUUCGUGGAGGAGUAAAUCCCUUCACUAGAGGUUGUUGUGGCAAUGUUGAGUAUGUCUUGUGUAGUCCUCAGGGGCCAAGGUACAUAUUUGACCCACAAAAGAAGCCCCACCUCAAAAUUCAACCUCCAUUUAUUCGACCAGACCUCUCAGACAGGCAAAUCGCCAUCAAGGUCAAUGACAAUGGCAUCCAUGGCACCAUUAUCAGCUCUAAGUCCAAAUGUAGCCUCGAUGGCCUGGAUGAAAAAGAAACGCAGCCGCCAUUGCCACCGAAAGCUGACAGGUACAACCAGCUGAAAAACCAUCUGACCUCCAGUGAGGAAAGCUCACUGUCUGGUAAGACCCACCCGUCCACUCCAGCUAUGUACAAAUUCAGACCGUCCUUUGGCACCAUGCCGAAAGUCCACUAUCAUACUGCAGGGGACAAGAUUGUCAUGUCCGAUGACCAAAAUUCCUCAGCCAUCUUGGAAGAGGGUGCUCGUGGCCACGACUAUCGAUCUGAACCAAACUUAGAUCUGCCAGAGUAUACUAAUGCUCCCCUUCACCGCACUUUCAAGUCCUCCCCUUUCCAGCUGGACUCUGACCCGCUCAACUCUCGGACUCAUAGCCUGAAGCAGGCUCACCAACGAUCGGAGAAGGGUCAGCUCGUGGGUCUGCAGCCUCAGACUGUCACCUCAACCCCUUAUAAGAACGUCUUUUCUCCCAACACGCUCUCCAACCGUAACGGAAGUCUAUCCUAUGACAGCCUGCUGAACCCCAGUAGCACCCCACCCACCGCCAGUGAGUGCUUGGCCCACCGCGGUGUGCCUCCAGUAGGGUUCCACUCGCCCUACCUGCCCACUAAAAUGUGCCACAGGCGGGAUCCUGAGAUGCAGAGACAACAGGUUACCGCCACCUACAGUCCAGUUUUGUCAUCCAGGGUGGUGGGCCGUCACUCUCCUCACCUUCGGGACAGGGACUCAUCCCCAGUGCGCUACGACAACCUCUCCCAAACAAUCAUGGCCUCCAUCCAAGAGCGGAAGGAAAUGGAGGCAAGAGAGAAGCGCCACAUGUUACACGGGCAUUCCCAGACGCAUAUCUAUGCCCAGGACUCUGGUGUGUUUGAGGGCUCCGGGGGGUAUGGCCUCCCACCAAACCCCUGCUAUCCGGAUGGCCCUCGCUGUGCCGGUUCCAGAGGGCCGACACCUCCGGCCUAUGGAGGCUCCAGGGACAACCUAAUGGGGGUCGGGCUGAAUUACGGCCAGAGAACCCCUGUCCUCUGCCAGGCCGGCUCCACUAUGGGCCGAGCACCUAGGACUUCAUCCAGCUCUUUACACACAGAUCACAUUAGUACCAACAACAACCUUGGAAGGGUCUCAGGCCCAGAGGGCUUUUAUCGCUCCCCUGCCCACCGCCCCCACCCCCACUCCCCUGCCAUGCACCGAUCGCCAUCCUACUCCCAGCAGAAACUCUCGUACAUGAGUGUCCAGGAGAGGAUGGACUCACCUCGCCUGGGGGGGGCAAGAGAGGCCAUGAAAGUUAAUGGCCAGAUGGAUUGCCACCCCAGUGCCAAGGGUGUCACAGGCAGUCCCAAUCGCCACGGUAACGUCAAAAAGGUGACUGGGGUGGGAGGCACCACCUAUGAGAUUUCGGUGUGAGCAGGCACGCCGGAUUCACCUUCGGUGACAAGAACCAUGUUUAGUUUUUUUUGUUUUUUUUAUCCUUUGUAAAGCAGCUCAGUUAUGUUAAUUGUUCAAACGCAGGAUCAGUCUGCUGCUGUCCGUCCGGUUGUCAUUUGUUUGACUCCAAUUAUCAGUGAUCCUCUGUAUGGGUGAGGUGUUUUUUUUCCCCCCCGUUUCAUACUUUGGUCAUUUUAAUGGACCAAAAGAUUGUAUUCUCUUAGCUGUAGUCAUGUGACCGGGUCUAAAUGUCUAUAUUGUGUACAUGUUUAUGCUCCAGCUGGUGCUUCAGUUGGAACAAAAUGCCACUGAAGGGGGCAGGGGGGAGCAAACAUGAACAUCAUUGUAAGACUAUUGCUCCUCAAAGAGUGACACCCUCCCUGCUUGGAGAAGAAGGCAACAAUUCAAGGUGCUUCAAAAUACCAGGCCCCUUAAAGUACACCUGGCACCUUUGCAUCAUAUCCAAUGUUUUUUUGUUUUGUUUUUAACCAAGAGGGGACAGAACCAGCAUAGGUUCAAUUUGAUACAAUGUCUCCCUCUGUGACUGAGUUACAAAUACUUAGCUCAUGUUCCUUUGGACUCUAGGUGAAGGCUUCUUGUGGACCAUCAGAUUACCUCAUACUUGACGAGUUUAACAACCCAACAUUUCACUGACAAACCUGUUUUUAUGUUUGUUGUCUGGUUCGGUGUUGGCUUAUAAUAGAAUCAGAGGAAUGGAAGACGUACAGUACGCUGGUAGUUAAAUUAUGACCAAUUCCUUCUUUAUAACCAGUAGUUUAAUAUAAACAUUUCAAUAAUUGUUUGGUAAAUUUUGUAGACUGUAUGGCCAACAUAUCUCAAUUACUUUCCCAUGUGAUAAAUUAUACAAUUCAGCCAAAAGGGCUCAUAGACCUCGAUGUAAAAUGGUAUUUCAGCACAAGAUUAUAAAACAGUGUGAUGUGAUAUAUACAUAUAAUAUAUAUAUAUAUAUCAGUUCUUGCACAGCCAAAGUCCACAUUGGUUUAGCACAUCAUCAGUGUUCUCUUCCUCGAGAUUUGUCAUGAGAUGUUCAGUCAAGUCUUUUCAGUUUUCUUUUUGAAAAUAUGUAGACCAGUAAUGUGAUGUACACACACAAUAGCUGUCUGGUACAGCAAAAUAUUACAGAAAAACCUAUAGAUGCUUUGGAAUUAGGGCUAACUGAAUUUGAUUCAAUAUGACAGAUUUAAAUGUUUGGUAUGUCAAAACUCAGCCAUUGUUGCCUUGAAGUAGAAUGAUGCAGUGAUGCCACAUAUAGCACAUUGUGUGAAAUGUUCAUUUGAAUUUAUGUGGUGAAUUGAGAGUUAACAGAUUAACAGAGUGCUAACAUUAAACCUAGUUUAAGAACUCAUUCGAACUUCCAAACUAGUUGGCACAACACCGGUGUCCUUCCCUUAUAUACAGUACGUACUGCCAUUGGUCCAACUGUAUUUCAGAGAAUGGACCUCAUUAGUAUACUGCCAGAAGUCAACAAUUACCCUUAUUCCAUCCACUCAGAGCUCCUUUACUUUUCAAAGACUUAAAAUACAGAGUUCAUUGUAUGAAAGCCAAUACUAUGGAUGUUCCUAUUUUUGUGAAGAAGAAACCCGAUAAGUCAAUAAAAUGUCAUUUGAGCAAAUUA